CUCCGGGACGCCCCGAGAGGCGGGCGGGGAUGGUGUGCGGGGCUGCGGCUCCUGCGUCCCCUUUCCGUGGCGACUGAGCUGCACUGAUUUUUUUUUUGUCCCCCUGAGGCGGCAGCGUGGACCCGCCUGGAGAUGAGGCGUCGGUUAGCAAGGUGAAAGUAACAGAACCAUGGCUCAGUUUCCCACACCUUUUGGUGGCAGCCUGGAUAUUUGGGCCAUAACUGUAGAGGAAAGAGCAAAGCAUGAUCAACAGUUCCAUAGUUUAAAGCCAAUAUCUGGAUUUAUUACUGGUGAUCAAGCUAGAAACUUUUUUUUUCAAUCUGGGUUACCUCAGCCUGUUUUAGCACAGAUAUGGGCGCUCGCUGAUAUGAAUAAUGAUGGAAGGAUGGAUCAAGUGGAGUUUUCCAUUGCUAUGAAACUCAUCAAGCUGAAGCUCCAAGGAUAUCAGCUCCCCUCUGCACUUCCCCCUGUCAUGAAACAGCAACCAGUUGCUAUUUCUAGUGCACCAGCGUUUGGUAUGGGAGGUAUUGCCAGUAUGCCGCCGCUGACCGCUGUUGCUCCUGUGCCAAUGGGUUCCAUUCCCGUGGUCGGGAUGUCUCCCCCGCUAGUAUCAUCUGUUCCUGCAGCAGGGGUGCCCCCCCUGGCUAACGGGGCGCCCCCGGUCAUACAGCCUCUGCCUGCAUUUGCUCAUCCUGCUGCCACAUUGCCAAAGAGUUCUUCCUUUAGUAGAUCUGGCCCAGGAUCACAGUUAAACACAAAAUUACAGAAGGCACAAUCAUUUGAUGUGGCCAGCGUCCCUCCUGCAGCUGAGUGGGCUGUUCCUCAGUCAUCCAGGCUGAAAUACAGACAGCUCUUCAACAGUCAUGACAAAACCAUGAGUGGACACCUAACAGGUCCCCAAGCAAGAACUAUUCUUAUGCAAUCAAGUUUACCACAAGCUCAGCUGGCUUCAAUAUGGAAUCUUUCUGACAUUGAUCAAGAUGGAAAACUCACAGCGGAAGAAUUUAUCCUGGCUAUGCACCUCAUUGAUGUAGCUAUGUCUGGUCAACCACUGCCACCUGUCCUGCCCCCAGAAUACAUUCCACCUUCCUUUAGAAGAGUUCGAUCUGGUAGUGGUAUAUCUGUCAUAAGCUCAACUUCAGUGGAUCAGAGGUUGCCAGAGGAACCAGUUUUGGAAGAUGAACAGCAACAACUAGAAAAGAAACUACCUGUAACCUUUGAAGAUAAGAAGCGGGAGAACUUUGAACGGGGCAACCUGGAGCUGGAGAAGCGGAGACAAGCUCUCUUGGAGCAGCAGCGUAAAGAGCAGGAGCGCCUGGCCCAGCUGGAGCGGGCAGAGCAAGAGAGGAAGGAGCGGGAGCGCCAGGAGCAGGAGCGCAAAAGACAACUGGAGCUGGAAAAGCAGCUAGAGAAGCAGCGGGAGCUGGAGCGGCAGAGGGAGGAGGAGCGAAGGAAGGAAAUCGAGAGGCGGGAGGCUGCGAAGCGGGAGCUUGAAAGGCAAAGACAGCUUGAAUGGGAACGGAAUCGAAGACAAGAACUAUUAAAUCAAAGAAACAAAGAACAAGAAGACAUAGUUGUACUGAAAGCAAAGAAAAAGACUUUGGAAUUUGAAUUAGAAGCUCUAAAUGAUAAAAAACAUCAAUUAGAAGGAAAACUUCAGGAUAUCAGAUGUCGAUUGACAACCCAAAGGCAAGAAAUUGAGAGCACAAACAAAUCUAGAGAGUUGAGAAUUGCAGAAAUCACCCACCUACAACAGCAACUACAGGAGUCCCAGCAAAUGCUUGGAAGACUUAUUCCAGAAAAACAGAUACUCAAUGACCAAUUGAAACAGGUUCAGCAAAACAGUUUGCACAGGGAUUCACUUCUCACACUCAAAAGAGCCUUAGAAGCGAAAGAACUGGCUCGGCAGCAGCUACGAGACCAACUGGAUGAAGUGGAGAAAGAAACUAGGUCAAAAUUGCAGGAGAUUGAUAUUUUCAACAAUCAACUGAAGGAACUUAGAGAAAUACAUAAUAAGCAGCAACUCCAGAAACAGAAGUCCAUAGAGGCUGAACGCCUGAAACAGAAGGAACAAGAACGAAAGAUACUGGAAUUAGAAAAACAAAAAGAAGAAGCCCAAAGACGAGCUCAGGAAAGAGACCAGCAGUGGCUGGAGCGCAUGCACCAGGAGGAUGAGCAGCAGCGGCCACGAAAACCCCACGAGGAGGAGAAGCUCAAAAGGGAAGAGAGCGUCAAAAAGAAGGACAGUGAGGAGAAGGGCAAACCGGAAAUGCAAGACAAGCUGAGUCGGCUUUUCCACCAGCAGCAAGAACCAGUUAAGCCCGCUGUCCAGGCUCCCUGGUCCACUGCAGAAAAAGGCCCACUAACGAUUUCUGCACAGGAGAAUGUAAAAGUGGUGUAUUACCGAGCACUCUAUCCCUUUGAGUCCAGGAGUCACGAUGAAAUCACGAUCCAGCCGGGAGAUAUAGUCAUGGUUAAAGGGGAAUGGGUGGACGAAAGCCAAACUGGAGAACCGGGAUGGCUUGGAGGAGAAUUAAAAGGAAAGACGGGAUGGUUCCCUGCAAACUACGCAGAGAAAAUCCCAGAAAACGAGGUUCCUGCCCCAGUCAAACCAGUGACUGAGGUGGCCUCCACCCCUACACCCAAAGUGGCUGUGCGUGAGACCCCCGCCCCUUCAACUGCAACCCCUGCAGAGCCCUCUGAGACCCCCAACAACUGGGCCGACUUCAGCUCCACGUGGCCCACCAGCACGAAUGAGAAGCCAGAAACCGACAGCUGGGAUGCGUGGGCAACCCAGCCCUCCCUCACCGUGCCAAGUGCUGGGCAGCUGAGGCAGAGAUCAGCCUUCACUCCAGCCACGGCCACAGGCUCAUCUCCGUCUCCUGUUUUAGGCCAGGGUGAAAAGGUGGAGGGGCUACAGGCGCAAGCCCUGUAUCCGUGGAGAGCCAAGAAAGACAACCAUUUAAAUUUUAACAAAAACGAUGUCAUCACCGUACUGGAGCAGCAAGACAUGUGGUGGUUUGGAGAAGUUCAAGGCCAGAAGGGUUGGUUCCCCAAGUCCUACGUGAAACUCAUUUCAGGGCCCAUAAGGAAAUCGACAAGUAUGGAUUCUGGUUCCUCAGAAAGUCCUGCAAGUCUGAAGAGAGUAGCUUCCCCAGCAGCCAAGCCAGCCGUGUCGGGAGAAGAAUUUAUUGCCAUGUACACUUACGAGAGCUCUGAGCAAGGCGAUUUAACCUUUCAGCAAGGGGAUGUGAUUUUGGUUACCAAGAAAGAUGGUGACUGGUGGACAGGAACAGUGGGCGACAAGUCCGGCGUCUUCCCUUCUAACUAUGUGAGGCUUAAAGAUUCAGAGGGCUCUGGAACUGCUGGGAAAACAGGGAGUUUAGGAAAAAAACCUGAAAUCGCACAGGUCAUUGCCUCCUACACAGCUACGGGGCCUGAACAGCUUACCCUGGCCCCCGGUCAGCUGAUCCUGAUCCGGAAAAAGAACCCAGGUGGAUGGUGGGAAGGAGAGCUACAGGCACGUGGGAAAAAGCGUCAGAUAGGCUGGUUUCCUGCUAAUUACGUCAAACUUUUAAGCCCUGGGACGAGCAAAAUCACUCCAACAGACCCACUGAAGCCAACGGCAUUCCCAACAGUGUGCCAGGUGAUCGGGAUGUACGACUACACCGCGCAGAAUGACGACGAGCUGGCCUUCAGCAAGGGCCAGGUCAUCAAUGUCCUCAGCAAGGAGGACCCCGACUGGUGGAAGGGCGAAGUCCACGGGCAGGUGGGGCUCUUCCCGUCCAACUACGUGAAGCUGACCCCGGACACAGACCCCAGCCAGCAAUGGUGUUCAGACUUACACCUCUUGGAUAUGCUGACCCCAACUGAGAGAAAGCGACAGGGGUACAUCCAUGAGCUCAUCGUCACGGAGGAGAACUACGUGAAUGACCUGCAGCUGGUCACAGAGAUCUUUCAGAAACCCCUGAUGGAGUCUGAGCUGCUGACAGAAAAAGAGGGUGCUAUGAUUUUUGUUAACUGGAAGGAGCUGAUUAUGUGUAAUAUCAAACUACUGAAAGCGCUGAGGGUCCGCAAGAAGAUGUCUGGGGAGAAGAUGCCUGUGAAGAUGAUCGGAGACAUCCUGACGGCCCAGCUGCCGCACAUGCAGCCCUACAUCCGCUUCUGCAGCUGCCAGCUCAACGGGGCCGCCUUGAUCCAGCAGAAGACUGACGAGGCCCCAGACUUCAAGGAGUUUGUCAAAAGACUGGCCAUGGACCCACGCUGUAAGGGAAUGCCCCUGUCUAGUUUUAUACUGAAGCCUAUGCAACGAGUAACGAGAUACCCACUGAUCAUUAAGAAUAUCCUGGAAAACACUCCCGAAAACCACCCAGACCACAGCCACCUGAAGCACGCCCUGGAGAAGGCAGAGGAGCUGUGCUCCCAGGUGAACGAAGGGGUGCGGGAGAAGGAGAACUCGGACCGACUGGAGUGGAUCCAGGCCCACGUGCAGUGUGAAGGCCUGUCGGAGCAACUUGUGUUCAAUUCUGUGACCAACUGCUUGGGGCCGCGCAAGUUCCUGCACAGUGGGAAGCUCUACAAGGCCAAGAGCAACAAGGAGCUGUACGGCUUCCUCUUCAACGACUUCCUGCUGCUGACCCAAAUCAUCAAGCCCCUGGGCUCCUCAGGCACCGACAAAGUCUUCAGCCCCAAAUCAAACCUGCAGUAUAAAAUGUACAAAACACCUAUUUUCCUAAAUGAGGUUCUAGUGAAGUUGCCCACUGACCCUUCUGGGGAUGAACCCAUCUUCCACAUUUCCCACAUUGACCGAGUCUACACCCUCCGAGCAGAGAGCAUAAACGAGAGGACUGCCUGGGUGCAGAAAAUCAAAGCAGCUUCUGAGCUCUACAUAGAGACAGAGAAGAAGAAGCGGGAGAAGGCGUACCUGGUCCGCUCCCAAAGAGCCACAGGCAUCGGAAGGUUGAUGGUGAAUGUGGUUGAAGGCAUUGAGCUGAAACCCUGUCGCUCACAUGGGAAGAGUAACCCGUACUGCGAGGUGACCAUGGGGUCCCAGUGUCACAUUACCAAGACGAUCCAGGACACUCUGAAUCCCAAGUGGAAUUCCAACUGCCAGUUCUUCAUCAGAGACCUGGAGCAGGAGGUGCUGUGCAUCACCGUGUUUGAGAGGGACCAGUUCUCGCCAGAUGAUUUUUUGGGCCGGACGGAGAUCCGCGUGGCCGACAUCAAGAAGGACCAGGGCUCCAAGGGUCCAGUUACGAAGUGUCUCCUGCUGCAUGAAGUUCCCACGGGAGAGAUCGUGGUCCGCUUAGACCUGCAGUUGUUCGAUGAGCCGUAGGGAGCCCACCCAGGGUGUGCUUGGCAGAACUCCAGCCCGAGGCAGCAGAUGCUGCCUGUCUGGAAACAGCAUGGCUUUUCGAGGACCGGCGUUUGGUGUUCAGCCACAGGGCAACAGGGCAGAGAAGACAGGCCCCUCCAAGUUUCUGG